AUGUCUCCUCUCCUCCAUUCUCUCCUGGCCAUCUCGGCGACCAUCUCAACCGUCAACUGCAUGCCCUGGGGUUGGAACCACAACAGCCCACUCGGCACCCCAAGCCUUCCCCUCGGCGAUGUCUCCAACACCGGCGCCAGCCCUCUCCCGACCCCAUCCAACAACCCCAAAUACAUAACCCUCGGCCUCGGCUUCCAAAACUACACCUGCGGCCCAACAGGAACCUGGAUCCAAUCCGUCCCCUCCUCCGGCGCCGUCGCCGACCUCUACGACAUCUCCUCCGCCGUGAACAAAUACACCCACGACAGCUUCUCGCGCACCACGCUCCAGGCCUUCGAAGUCUGCAUCGCCGCCACACACUGCACGCCCUCCCCAUCCAACUCCUACUGCGGCGCAUGCCACACCAUCGCCGCGGCAGUCUUCCGCCGAGGUCUCGAAGGCUUCCACUACUUCGACCAGCUAAACGGCGCUCAAACUCCCAACUUCGACCUCUUCGGCGGCGGAGACUUCCUUUCCGCGAAGAGAGCGGGCGAUGUCAAAGCCCCAGCCGAUGCGUACGAUGGCGAGAACGGACUCGGUGCGAUCGACUGGUUGUAUCUGGUCGACAAUGGAUUCGGGAGGUCGCACGGUCUGAAGAGUGUCUAUCGCAUUGAGACGGCAGGCGGUGUGGCUCCCAAGAGCUGCAACAAGGCGGGCGCGCAGUUGCAGGUUCCUUAUGCAGCGGAGUAUUGGUUUUAUGACUAG